AUGGGAGGAAUAUCAACUCUUUCACCCCCAAAACACUGGCACAAUCUUCCAACAUUAGCAUCCCAAAAUAAUUCAAGAUUCUUAGACCAGUCCAAAGACAAAAUUUCCUCAGUCCAGUUCAAUCCCACUUUCAGAUCAUCAAGAAAAGAGAACCCAUUUUCUUAUUUUGCUUUGGAUGCUUCGAGGGAGUCUAUGCCGCCUCUGGUGGUGGUGGGAUCAGCCAAUGCAGAUAUAUAUGUGGAGAUUGACAGAUUGCCUAAGGAAGGUGAGACUAUAUCUGCUAAAACUGGGCAAACAUUGGCAGGUGGUAAAGGAGCCAAUCAGGCAGUGUGUGGGGGAAAAUUGGCGUAUCCAACUUACUUUUUGGGGCAAGUGGGGGAUGAUGCUCAUGGGAAGUUGAUCGCUGAGGCACUUGAGGGUGGUGGAGUGUUCCUUGAUUAUUUGAGUAGAUUGGAUGAUGUUCCCACUGGGCAUGCUGUGGUUAUGCUGCAAGCUGGUGGGCAGAAUUCUAUCAUUAUUGUUGGGGAUGCUAAUAUGUCUUUUUGGCCUGAGACUUUGCCUGAGGAGGAUCUGGAGGUUGUUAAGAAUACUGGGAUUGUUUUGCUUCAGAGGGAGAUCCCUGAUUCUGUAAAUAUCCAGGUUGCAAAGGUUAGGCUCAUCUCAAUUGUAUCGAGACUUAGGAGUGCACUUGUCCCAGUCAUCUUGGAUGCUGGCGGAGUUGAUGCACCAAUCACUAUAGAGCUACUUAGUUUUGUCGAUAUUUUGAGCCCAACUGAGACUGAGCUUGCUCGUCUGACUAACAUGCCAACAGGAACUUUUGAACAGAUCAGUCAAGCUGUGGGAAAAUGCCAUAAAAUGGGUGUUAAGCAAGUUCUUGUGAAACUUGGAGAUAAAGGGUCUGUUCUUUUCACCGAAGGAGAGGAACCAAUUAAACAACCGGUCAUAUCAGCUCCAAAAGUAAUUGAUACCACUGGAGCUGGUGAUACUUUCACUUCUUCUUUUGCUGUGGCUCUUGUAGAGGGAAAAUCCAAAAAGGAAUGCUUGAGAUUUGCUGCUGCAGCUGCUUCACUUUGUAUUCAAGUAGAGGGAGCCAUUCCAAGCAUGCCUGACAGAAAAUCUGUUUUGGAUCUUCUUCACUCCCUUUGA